UUCACCAAAGAUGUCAGCCCCCAUACGUGUCGUUCGUAAUUUGGAAUUCCUAGCAAUUAUCACGCUUGUUGAAGAUACCUUUUCUUGUUUUUGACAUAAAUCUGAAAGUUACAUUACGCAGAGAAUUAAUAAUUUUUCAAGAAAAUCUGACUGAAAACUGUACAGAAUGAGCAGUGUACAAGGUAGAGGUGAUAAGUGCCUUCUGGUUGGAGAUGAUAAGCACCUUCUGGCUGGAGCAGUCAAAAAUGCAUCGUACAGCAUGGUGUUGCAGCUUUUGAGCAGGAUGUUAACAUUCGCCCUGAAUGCAUUUGUCCUGCGAUAUAUUUCACGUGACAUGCUGGGAGUUGUUAAUAUUCGUCUAACACUACUGUACUCUACCACGCUCUUUCUUGCCACAGAGGCAUUUGACAAGGCCUGCCUUAGUCGGCUAGAUACACACAACUGGUCACAAGUCAUCAACCUCAUGUGGUGCACUGUUCCAGCCAGCCUGGUAGUAACAGGUGUGCUGGGGUGGGUGUGGGUGAACCUGCUGGAGAACCCAGAGCCCACUCUCAUGCCCGGGUACAGUGUUGGAGUGGCCAGUUUUGCCCUGGCCACUGUCCUUAACUGCCUCUCUCAGCCACUCUUCGUCCUUGCUCAAAAGCACAUGUUUGUCAAGCUGAAGGUGUUUUCACAGGGGAUUGCAGAGGUGUGUAAGAGUGUCCUCACUGUGUUCCUGGUCAUCUAUUUCCCGAGUCUCGGCCUCUACAACUUUGCCCUUGCUCAGGUGGUUUAUGGAGUUGUAAUUAGUCUGGUGUACUAUGUCUAUUUCAUCUACUACAUCGUUGUGUAUGGCAAGAAAGAUGACACAUUCCCGUUUACAUCAGUAUCUCAGCUGUUUCCAACAUCAACAAGAGAUUUGCCUUUCAUAGAUCCCAGACAGGCUUGGCUUACAGUGAGCUUUUUCAAACAAAGUUUCCUGAAGCAGCUUUUGACUGAAGGAGAAAAAUAUGUCAUGACCAUUUUUGGUGUGCUCACAUUUGCUGAUCAAGGUAUAUAUGACAUAGUCAACAACCUUGGCUCAUUGGCGGCGAGGUUAAUUUUCCAGCCCAUCGAGGAGAGCGGGUAUCUUUUCUUCUCACAGCUACUCACACAUGGCCAGCCUAGAGACAAACAGAAACAGGAUUCCUGUGCUCUAGCAGUUGAUGUGCUGAGCUGUCUGUUGAAGCUGGUUGUCCUCACUGGGGCCAUAAUCCUUGUUUUUGGAAUGGCCUACUCAUAUCUAGCCUUGGACCUAUAUGGUGGGGGUCUUCUCUCAACAGGGACUGGCCCAGUGUUGUUAAGAUGGUACUGCCUGUAUGUUCUGGUUAUUGCCCUGAACGGGACCACUGAGUGCUUCGUGUUCGCCACCAUGAGCAAACAGGAAGUUGACAGAUAUAACCAGAAGAUGGUGGUGUUUUCACUGCUGUUUUUGUUGUCGUCGCUGCUGCUGACAUCUGUGUGUGGAAGUGUGGGGUUUAUACUUGCAAAUUGCCUCAAUAUGGCUGCCAGAAUCGCUCACAGUAUCUACUACAUCCUGCAGUAUUUCCGAGGUAGCAAGUUUAAACCUCUACAUGAUGUGAUACCUCAUCCAGCUGUGAUAGCCAGCCUUCUAGCAGCAUUGAUAGCUACGCUAGCCUCUGAGCGUAUUCUGUGCUGUGAUCAGGGACUUGUGGGGCGGGUGUUACAUGUUGGUGUGGGCGGGAUCUGUCUGCUGGCCGUGCUGGCCCUGGUCUACCUCAAGGAGACAGCCCUGGUCACCUUCAUAAAACAGCAGUACAACAACUGGCAUAAACACUGAGGGAACUUUGGAAUGGGGGUCUAUGUCUGAAUAGUGGGCUGUAAUAAUCAAUCCAGUUACAAGUGUUAUAGAAAGAAACCUGUAAUACAUGUACAUUGAAAGACAAUAAUACUGGAAUUGUUGGGUUUUGGUGGGUUUCACUGGGAUGUAGUUUGUGAUACUAACUACUGUAUUGUAGAACAAGGACAAAACAGAAAUAUUUUACUUUUGAAUUGAAAAUUUGCCUCUGCUGAUAGUUUCUGCGUUUCUCGAAGUACAGAGACAGACAGAAACACCGAGGGCAUUUGUGAAAGGGACACUGUGUGCACUAUUUCUGCUGAAAAUUGUAAGCAGUAGUACAAGAACAGGAUUGAAGGACAUUAGGGGAGGGGAACUAUGUCCUGGGAUAGUAAGGACUCAUUUCUUUCAGUGUUACAGUUAUUGACAGGAAACAGCAGUGAGAGAGAAACAGAGUUUGUGGCAAGGAAAAGGAUUGACGGUGAUAGUGUUCCUUCAUUCCAUUGCUUUGAAACAAAUGUGUCACCAUCAUUUCAAAUUAACCCUGACUUGGAGCUGUGUUCAGUUUGACAAUGUGCAUACAUGCCAUAUCCCCGGCGGAGGAAAAUCCCCCGGAAUUUCGAUCCAUCCCCCGAUCUCCCGGCGGGAGAUAAAAAUCCCCCGGAAUUUAAAAAAAAAAAAAAUUACAUCAGGCAAUAAUGACAAAGUGAAACCACAGUAUGUGAGUGAAACUCUCCAAAAGGAAACUUUUACAACAAGUGAUCAAUUAAUUUGUAGUAAUUAUCAAAGGCAAAGAAAUAUUACUCUUUUGGAAGAAAGAAAUUAAUAAUAUUUAUUCUAUUCUCUUAUUGUCUGAAAGUCAUCAAAGCUGAUAGAAUUAAGCACAAUUUUUUUAAAGACUUUGGAGGAAGGUAACUUUAAUUUAAUUGUCUCGAAAACAUAUUUUUCCAAUGUCGUAUUUUGUUCUGCAAGUGCAUUACAGUAUGACAUGACAGUGUAUCAUAAAAAUAUGAUAAAUCAUGACAUAAAAUAAUUUUGUAUAAUGAAAAAGUGAAGAGGUUUUCAAAGCAAACUAUAUGUGAAUACAUUUUUUCAUACUUGCGUCUAAAAAUACUUUAAAAUUUCGCCAACUUAGACCUGCUAAAAAAAUCCCCCUGAAUACAACCAAAAUCCCCCUGAAUUUUCAGCCUUUUGAACAAAUCCCCCUGAAUGGUCUCCAGAAAAUAUGUCAUGUAUGAAUGUGAUUUUCAAUUUUGAGCACGUACCGGUAAAUGAACUGACAUGAUGCUGAUAGCGAUAAGGCUGUGCCUGCUGUUUCACCCGAACCCUUUGUAAGGGCUCUCCGACAAGUACACAGAGGCAGAAUAUUUAUAUACAGCAGUUAUACUCGACAAACAGAUAAAAAUCGCACGAAACUUGGGUCUGUAAAGGUUAAAAUUAUUUGUUUUUAUUAAUAAUGGAACUUUAUUACAGUAGUAAUUUAGGCAGUCUCUAUCUUAAAACUCAACUUUUUGGGAUACAAAACAUGUAUUUAUUUUGAAUUCAAAUAUAAUAGAUGUCUGUUUAGUAAAAAUGUCAAAACUUGGGUGUGGCUGUUUUCCUUCUUUUCUCCAUUAAAAGUAACUUGUUUUAUUAAGUUUUGAUGACAAAUUGUUAUUAUUUAUAUCAAUAAUGACCCCAUGUAUCUUUUCAAUGUAUUAAAGGAUAUGCCAAACUGUCCUGUUUUAUACUCUUACUUGAAUUGUUUGUUUGAAAGUAAUUGUUCACUUUGAAUAAACAUCCAUGAUUUUCUAUCUGUUUAAAAUAAAUUUUAAUGAUAUACAUUUAUAUGUCUUUGAAAUACGUGCCAUGCUUAUG